CCCCGCGCCGCCGCCGUGGGUGCGGGUCCCGGUGCCGCCGCCGCCGCCGCCGCCGCUCUGUGCCCCCGGGCCGCCCGCCUUGUCCGCGGCCGCCAUGGGCUCCCUGCUCAGCCGGCGCAUCGCGGGAGUGGAGGACAUCGACAUCCAGGCCAACUCGGCCUACCGCUACCCGCCCAAGUCCGGAAACUACUUUGCAAGUCACUUCUUUAUGGGAGGUGAGAAGUUUGACACCCCUCACCCCGAGGGUUACCUUUUUGGUGAGAACAUGGACUUAAACUUCCUUGGAAAUAGACCAGUUCAGUUUCCCUAUAUAACUCCAGCUCCACAUGAGCCAGUGAAGACACUGAGGAGUUUGGUGAACAUCCGCAAGGAUUCUCUCCGACUUGUAAGGUAUAAAGAUGAUGUUGACAGCCCUACUGAGGAGAAUGGGAAGCAGAAGGUGCUGUACAGCCUGGAAUUCACCUUUGAUGCAGAUGCCCGUGUUGCCAUCACAAUCUACUGCCAGGCUACAGAGGAGUUUGUUGGUGGCAUGGCCGUAUCACCCAAUUCGCUGCCUUUCUGUGUUCCCUGUGACAGGAGCAUCGGGGCCACCAAAGUAAAGUUCAGUCUGACAUUAACAGAAUACAGCACAAAGAAUCCCUCUCUGCAGUCUGAGACAGUUCACUACAAGAGAGGGGUAAGCCAGCAAUUCUCCCUGCCUUCCUUCAAGAUUGAUUUCUCAGAGUGGAAGGAUGAUGAGCUGAACUUUGACUUGGACCGUGGAGUGUUCCCUGUGGUCAUCCGAGCAGUGGUGGAUGAAGGGGAUGUGGUGGUUGAGGUCACUGGUCAUGCCCAUGUUCUUCUGGCUGCGUUUGAAAAGCACGUUGAUGGCAGUUUUUCUGUGAAACCACUAAAACAGAAGCAGAUUGUUGACCGGGUGAGCUACCUGCUUCAGGAGAUCUACGGCAUUGAGAACAAAAACAACCAGGAGACCAAGCCUUCAGACGAUGAGAACAGCGACAACAGCAACGAGUGCGUGGUGUGCCUGUCGGACCUGCGGGACACGCUGAUCCUGCCCUGCCGCCACCUCUGCCUCUGCAACUCCUGCGCCGACACGCUGCGCUACCAGGCCAACAACUGCCCCAUCUGCAGGCUGCCCUUCCGUGCCCUGCUGCAGAUCCGGGCGGUGAGGAAGAAGCCGGGGGCUCUGUCACCGGUGUCAUUCAGCCCUGUCCUGGCACAGAGUGUGGACCAUGAUGAGCACUCUAGCUCUGACAACAUCCCCCCAGGCUACGAGCCCAUCUCGCUGCUGGAGGCGCUGAACGGCCUGCGCUCGGUGUCGCCCUCGCUGCCCUCGGCCCCUCUCUACGACGAGAUCUCCUACUCGGGGGUGGUGGAUGGGAUGCCCCCGGCCAGCCGCCCGCUCGGGGCCAUGGACAGAGCCCUGGAGGGUGCCCACCAAAAGGGCAAACGCAGCAAGUCUCCAGACAGCACACUACGGUCUCCCUCAUCCCCAAUCCAUGAGGAGGAUGAGGAGAAGCUCUCCGAGGACUCCGACUCGCAGGCGGUGCUGAGCGGGGGUGAGCUGGUCCUGAGGGAGACCAGCUCUCCAGAGAGUGUGGCAGGGGAAGAGAUGGAGGAGGCCUCAUCGGUGCAGCAGGGUAGCCGCCCACCCUCGGUGGAAGACGUGCUGCAGGACGGCGGCUGCGGCGAGAGCCGGAGCCUGACGCGCUCCGAGAGCGACCCCCCGGUCGACGUCUUCCUGCCAGCACUUGGUCCUGAUUCCUGCUCUGUUGGUAUAGAGGAGUAAGCUGGCUCGUCCGACUUCACCAAGACGCUCCCCGUCCGCGGCACCGGCAGCCCCACGCAGCCCCUUCUCUUCGAGCAGACCCGUCUGCACCUGGAGGACGAGCAGAGCCUUUCGUGAGCGGGGCCGGACCCUGGUCGUGCCGCCAGGCCCCGCCGGGCUCUCCCGGGACGCAGCGCGGGGUGGCGCCCGGACGCGGUUUCGGCACAGCCUGUGCAUGUUUCCUGGCGGUGGGUAGGGGCUGGUGUCGUGUUUUUCCGUGGGAGGUGUCUGUGGGGCCGGGGCGGGGUUUUGGGUCCGAGUCGGCAGAUGAAGGACACUACCGAUGUAUAUUUUGUACUUACCGAGCACAGCCCUUUGCUGUCACUGCCCCUGUACAUAGCUGUGGCCCUCCCUGCCUUGCCGGGCCGCAGGGCUCCGCGGGAGCGGGGGAGUGCGAGGGUCAGCCCCGGCCCGCCCCGAGGCAGUCACGGGGAGGACGUGGGGGUCAGCCCCGCCCCAGACCGUUCGGGGUGACCCCCGCGCCCCCCGUUCCCGCAGAGCCCGGCGCUGCCCACGCCGUGUGCCUUGUUCUGCUUCUGCGGGGGGUCCCGGGGCACAUCCCCCCCCUCCCCUUCUAUGUUUGUAGUAAUAAACCCGUGGAGCAGC